AUGUCGACUCCAACUCUUGCCGAGAAGCUGGACAAGAUCCGGUCUCCGGGUCUCCAGAGCCAGAAGAGAACGGCGGUAGUCCUUGAUGCGGUCGACACAACGUUGAAGGAACAGAACGCCCAGCCUACACCGACCGGUUACUUCGCCGCCCUUCUCGCCCUCCUUACCCAGGCUGUUGAGAGUGGCAACAUCAGCUCCGACACGACGACUUCCGUUGUCUACCUCCUCGACAUCAUCACCCCGUUCGCACCCCAGCCUCUUCUCCGCGCCAAGUUCACUCAAAUCCUCACCUCGCUCGCUCCCGUGCUCCUCCAGCAAGAUGCCGAAGCCCUCCUCUUGCGAUCAUCUAUCGGAUGUCUCGAGUCUCUGCUCCUCGCACAGGACUCGGGUGCAUGGGAGCUUGGCGUCACCCAGAUCGGUCCCCGCAGAGCCGUCGCUGGUCUGCUGAAUCUCUCUCUCGAGCACCGCCCCAAGAUCCGAAAGAGGGCGCAGGAAGCGCUGCGAAAUGUUCUCAAGAACCCUCCUCCGAGUCCCUCGCUUGACCACCCGGCCGCCGACAUGUGCGCCCACACCGCUCUUGCCAACCUCGAGGAUAUCGCCGGAAAGGCUGCGCAAGCGAGAAAGCAGAAGGGGGCCGAGUCGGCACACGAUCCCGCCCUUAUCCACUCGCUUCAGCUGAUCAAGACCAUUGCUUCUGCUAGCGGAGGCUGGCCCAGCAAGAAGAUCGAGUCUCUGUGCGAGCUGCUGCUCGGGAUCUCGAGGUCAGGCAACGAGUACAUGACAAUGGCCACUUUCGAGAUUUUCGAAAUGAUCUUUGAAGGUAUGGCCGACGAGGUCGCCUCUGCCAAGCUUCCGCGACUUAUGGAGAUCAUCUCCGAAUUGCGGCCCGCCGCAAACGACACACAGCUGAUCCCGCCUUGGCUGGCCAUCCUCUCCAGAGGAUACGACGUUUCCGCACAGAUCGAGCCCGACGAUGUUUUCCAGAACCUGCCCGAAAUCUUCUCCAUGGUCGCCCAAUACCUGGAGUCGCCCGCCCACAACAUCCGAAUUUCCGCCUCCGAGUGCCUGGUUUCCUUCAUGGCGAACUGCAUUCCCAAGCAGGUCAUUCUCGAGCCUUCCAUCUACGACGAGAAGACGCUGGACAAGAUUGCCAAGAUCGCCGAGUCCCUGCUCAGCGUCAAAUACCAGCAGGCCUGGAUGGAAAGUUUCAACGUGUUUGGAGCCAUGUUCGACUCCUUGAGAUGGCGAGCACACCCGAUGAUGCUCAACAUCACCAAGGCCGUUGGAGAGCUCCGUGGCAGCGACUCGUUCCAGGGCAAGAAGGAGGCCGACGAAGUCAUCGGAAAGGCCGUCCGCGCCAUGGGUCCGGAGGCAGUACUGUCUAUCCUGCCUCUGAACAUUGCUAAGCCCGCGAAGGGUCAGCAAGGCCGCGCGUGGAUGUUCCCCAUCCUCCGCGACUAUGUUAGCAACACCAACCUUGCUCAUUUCCGUCAAGAGAUGGUUCCCCUGAGUGAACUCAUGUUCCAACGGGUGUUGGACCACGGCAAGGCGGAGAAGACUAUGGAAGUCAAGAUCUUCGAGACCCUUGUUCAACAGAUCUGGGCGACUCUGCCCGGUUACUGCGAUCUCCCCCUCGAUGUGACAGAGACUUUUGACCAGUCCUUCGCCGAGCUUCUCGCAAACAUUCUCUACAAGCAGGUCGAAUUGCGUUUGGAGGUUUGCCGUGCGCUCAAGGUUCUCAUUGAGUCCAACCAGGCUAUUGCCACCAUUGAGGACGAAGGCGAGGAGGACCUGGUUCUCCAGAGCCGUGUUUCCAGAGCAGUUGCCAAGAAGAACCUGGAGCACCUGGGCAGCUUCGCCGGCAACAUGCUUGCCGUUCUGUUCAACGUCUACACCCAGACUCUGCCUCAAUCAAGAGGCCCUAUCCUCCUCACAAUCAACGCCUUCCUUAGCGUUACCCCCGAAAAGGAGCUUAUCGACACUUUUGAUCGAGUAAGCAAGAUGCUCGCAGAGGAGCUGCAGCAGACUGCCAACCAGGAGAAGCCCAAGCAGCAGCAAAAGCAGGGCGCGAUGCCCUCAACGAGCAACACUCUGAUGGACCUGAUCAUCACCAUCGCCAUCUACCUUCCUCGCGAGAGCUACACCGCCCUUUUCGAGAUCGCCUCCGUCAUCAUCUUCAAGGAGAACGAGCCGCAGUUGCAGAAGAAGGCCUACAAGUUGGUGCCCCGCCUCACCGAGUCCGAAACUGGCAAGCUGGCGCUCCAAGCACGCAGCGACGAGUUGCAGCAGAUGUUCCUGACGAGCGCCGAAAAGGUGUCGGCUCCUGCUCGCAGAGAACGCCUGGGCGCCCUGUCCGCGCUUCUUCCCUACAUCCCUGACACAUCCCUUCACUUCAUCCCCUCCAUCCUCAGCGAGGUCGUCAUCUGCUGCAAAGAGAACAACGAACGUGCCAGAGAGGCCGCUUACGACCUCUUGGUCCAGAUCGGUCACCGCAUGGAGGCGGCAAACGGCGUUCCCAUCGACAACACCAAGGUUCCUCACAUGCCUGAGGGCGCGCCCGCCGGCAAGGCCAGUCUCGAAGAGUUCCUCACCAUGGUCAGUGCCGGUCUCGUUGGUAGCACCCCCCACAUGAUCUCGGCAUCUAUUACCGCUCUCAGCCGCGUUCUCUAUGAGUUCAGAAGAUCCUUGACCACCGAGACCCUGGCCGACCUUGUCCAAACUAUGGAUCUCUUCCUGACCUCCAACAACCGCGAGAUCGUCAAGAGUGUCCUGGGUUUCGUCAAGAUCUGCGUCGUCAGUCUUCCCUCCGAACUCGUGAUCCCCCGUCUGUCUUCCCUGGUGCCCAACCUUAUCAUUUGGAGCCACGAACACAAGGGUCACUUCAAGAGUAAGGUCAGGCACAUCCUGGAACGCAUGGUACGCAAGUUCGGGUUCGACCUCGUCAACCAGAACUGCCCCGAGAGCGACAGGAAGCUCAUCGUCAACAUCCGCAAGACCAAGGAGCGCAGCAAGAAGAAGAAGGACGCCGCCAAACAAGCCGGCGAGGAGAGCGACGAGGAGGAGGGACGACAGGGACGCAAGUUCGACAAUGAGCUCGACCAAGCCCUUUACAGCAGUGACUCGGACGGUUCCGACAACGAGUCCGACGAUGAGGGCGCGGCCGCAGGCCCUAAGGGCAAGCGCAACAACAGGAAGGGCGGCAACACAUACAUCGUUGAGGAUGAAGACGAGCCACUCGACCUGCUCGACCGCAACGCCCUGGCCAACAUUUCAUCCACCAAGCCCGUCAAGAUGCGCAAGCCUACCAAGACCAAGGCCCGCACCGAUCUCGACGGCAAGCUGAUUCUCGGCAAGGACGACGAUGAGGCGAUGGAGGUCGACGGCGCCGAGAACGACGGCUCCGGAGUCAACGCUUACGUCGCCGCGCUCAAGGGCAAGGACGUCGCCAAGCGGGGUCUGCGCGGCAAGCUCAAGUUCAGCAACAAGCGCGGACAGGACGACGAGGAGAUGGAGGACUUGGAUGAGGGCGACGCUGCGGCUGUCAAGGCCCAGGUCGACAAGAGCCGAGGAGGCGGCAAGCCCUUCCGCGGCGGACGCGGUGGCCAGGACCGUGGUGGCCGUGGCGGCCGUGGCGGCCGUGGCGGUAGUCGAGGCGGUGGCCGCGGUGGCAAGGGUGGCAUCGCCGCUGGCCGUAAGGGACUCGGCGAGGAUCGGAGAAGGGGAGGACCCACGUCGAGCGGCGGCGUCAACAAGGGCCGCAGAGGUGGCGGGCGCAGAUGA